CCCCAGCCAGAGGAAAUCACAACACUUGACUCAUCUGCGUGUCAGUGCUCUUCUCUGCUUGACUGAUAGACUUACUGACUCAAAGAGAGGAGAAGCUCACACAAACAGCAAAGAGUUGAAAUUAAAGGAACCUAUUCCUGCUGACUUGGAUUGGAGACAUGACCAAAGAGACUGAGACUCUGGGACUGGUCUUUCAGAACGAGAACUUCAACUAUAACCGUUACAAUAACUACAUCAUGGACUCCUGGCCCUAUCUAGAGAGCUCUGUGCCCGAGCAGAACCACGCCAAACCCAGACUUCACCCAGGAGAUGACCUGACUGCCUUAACCAUGCUUUAUGAACAGUGCAAGAACCACAAAGAUCCAAAAAAUGUUUCGUGCAAUCGUGCUGGCAACAUCUGCAAAACAGAGAGGUGUUUAACCAAUGAUCUUGUUUUGGAUGGGUCCGCCAAUGUAAUGAAAAUCCUCUCUGAGAGUGGAACCUUGAGCCAUCACCAAGAAGUUUUGGGAUCCAAGCAGAACAUCUCUAUGCCCAUCUCUGUUCCCACCACCUCAGACACCUACGCCACCCUGACCAGCGUAGUGUCGGACACGUACGACAAACAGGAACUCAACAUCAUCUUCGAUUCCCUGAUGACCGGUGCUUUCCCCGACCCACACGCUGAGACUCUUCCCUACAGCGAUCCCUUCCCUGAGGAUCAGCCCAGCCCGGUUUACUCCGGCUCCUAUACCGGUUCCCCACAGGAGAGGUUCAGGAGUGAUUUCCAGUUUACCUUAGGAGCUCCCAUCGCUUCUUCUUACAAAUCCAGUGAGCUGCCCAUGGUCUACCUGAACAAGGGACAGUUUUACCCCAUUACUCUCUCAGGAGUGGACAGCAGUGCCUGCCUCACUGCCACUAAAGUCAAGACUGUUGUGAUGGCCGUGUUUGACAACGACAAAAGCCCAGAAAUGCAGCUCCGCUUUUGGAAUCACUGGCACGCACGUCAGCCAACAGCCAAGCAGAGGGUCAUUGACAUCGCGGACUACAAAGAAGUGUUCAACGGCGUUAGCAACAUAGAGGAGGUGGCAUUCAAUGCUCUCUCCUUUGUCUGGAACCCCAAUGAAGAGGCCAAGGUGUUCAUUGGCAUCAACUCCCUAAGCACAGACUUUUCCGCUCAGAAAGGCGUGAAAGGCCAGCCUCUAAACAUACAGAUCGACACUUAUGACUUCAGCUCGGGAACCAACCAGCUCCUACACAGAGCCGCCUGCCAGGUCAAGAUUUUCUGUGAUAAGGGUGCAGAGAGAAAGAUGCGUGACGAGGAGAGGAAGAGAAGCAAAAGGAGGGGAAAGAACGAUGCUAACAACAAGUCUUUAGUGAGCAGCUCCAUGGGCAAUGAAUGCACCUUCUUCCAAAGCCUGGAAGACCACAUCACCCAGCCAGUCCUCUUCAUUCCAGAAACACACCUUUCCAGCUUACAGCGCAUGGCUCCACCAACGGAUGAGAUUGAAAGGAGUUCUAUGAAGAGAUCGUAUUCAGACAGAGAGCAGAACAGCUCUCCACCCAGCAAGCAACCCCGCAGAGAAGACCCACAAAGAGUUCUGUUGUAUGUGAGAACAUGUGCUGAAGAGGUGUUUGAUGCGCUCAUGCUCAAAGCGCCAACACUGUCGGGCCUCCGAGAAGCUGUUUCAGAAAAGUACGGUAUGCAAACAGACACCAUUGGGAAAAUCUACAAAAAAUGCAAGAGAGGGAUUUUUGUCCAUAUGGAUGACAACAUCAUCCAACAUUACACCAACCAGUCGGCAUUCCUCAUUGAGAUAUCCGACGUCGGCGGUCAGUUCCAGGUCACCCUUGUUGAAGUAUGAGAGCCACUCGGCUCCGUUGAAGGAUGUUACAUAUCACAGGAGCCUGUUGAAACCAUAUCUAAAAGCACUGCUCUGCAAAAGACAAUGUAAGCUGUGGACUUCUGAAACCGACUAGCAAACCGAGCUAACAAGACUCCAGUUUCUCCAAUUUCAGUUGAAAACAUCAAUAUGUUUCUUGAUGUUGUAAAUACCACUACUCGCCCCAUGAUUUUGUUAUUUGAAUUUGUAACGUAAGAGCAAUUAUGAUAAACAGCCUGUACAUAUAUUGUAAAUAGAUUUUAAUAUGACAGUGUUUUAUGAACUAGCUAAAGCACGUCGAAAUCCAUUUUCUACAAGUUGCUAUGUAUUUCAAUUUUUUUUACAGACCUCUGUACAUAACUUGUGUACAGUGUAUUUUCAGCAUUUUCAGAGGUUGCUAUUCUUGCUGCUUUUAAUGUAUCCAUAAUUUCUUCCACAAGAGCCACUGGUGAGUUUUCUCACCCACAACCUACUUAUGAGUUUUUUUCAAUGCCAUAAGUAUUUUCGUGUAGGUUCCUGUUAGUUUCAUGACUAAAAUGGCCCGACAUUGGGUUUAAUUCAGAACCUAAUAUCCGACAUUUCCACCCAUAAAACCACACAAUAGUUAGUAUUGGCCAUAAUUUAGUCCUACAUUGUGGACAUUUCCUGUCUGUAUGGUGCAACCACAGCGGUUUCCUGAAAACAGUUUUAAAUCCCCAAAGGACUUUCAUAGUAUGCGUGUUUAUGUGUGUGUAAAAAGUUUUCCUUAUACAUUAUGCAUCAUUUCAAAACGAGCAUGUAUCUGUAUAAUAUUUCAUAGUUGUACCAUUGCAAUUCUGGUUGUAUUAGUCACAUCUUGCCUCUUUUUUAAGAAAAUAAAGAAAAUGCAUAAUACAUUUUGUGUGACUCAUAUGUAUAAUGCAUACAGAUCUGAUGGAAAGUGAGCUAUUCACAGACCAGAUCAAUAUUCACUAUGACAAACAAAAGAUAAGGAUAAGGGGCACUUCUUGUGUAAAAUGAUGUUGUCUUUUGAUGUGAAGUACUACGAAAUAUGCAACAAGCACAAUGCAGAGUAAAGAAAAGCAUCUGAAAGAGGUCUAUGUAUGGAUUAAUUCGCUGAAAGAGGUGAGAUGAGAUGAACACACAAACAAAUUACAUCCUUGGUUUUGUAUUCUAACAGUUUUGUGUGUGCCCCAAAAAAGGGAAACACACUCACCCUAUUUGGUGACACUGACAGGGAAAAGCAUCCAGGCACUUGUCCUAGAUAUAACACAGACAUCCUCCAGCAAGUAAAAUAUAUCAUAAGUAUCUUCGUGUAGGUUCCUGUUAGUUUCAUGACUAAAAUGGCCCGACAUUGGGUUUAAUUCAGAACCUAACAUCCGACAUUUCCACCCAUAAAACCACACAAUAGUUAGUAUUGGCCAUAAUUUAGUCCUACAUUGUGGACAUUUCCUGUCUGUAUGGUGCAACCACAGCGGUUUCCUGAAAACGGUUUUAAAUCCCCAAAGGACUUUCAUAGUAUGCGUGUUUAUGUGUGUGUAAAAAGUUUUCCUUAUACAUUAUGCAUCAUUUCAAAACGAGCAUGUAUCUGUAUAAUAUUUCAUAGUUGUACCAUUGCAAUUCUGGUUGUAUUAGUCACAUCUUGCCUCUUUUUUAAGAAAAUAAAGAAAAUGCAUAAUA